CGAGUACCUCCUGCGUGAGCAGACCGUACUACUGGGGUAGCGGAGCGUGCUACAUGUUGUGCCGGUAGACCGACAGGCCUUCUGGUGGUCUCGAACUGGCCAGCAUCCCACCGAAAGCUUACGAAUCGAUAUCGAGGAUCUCACUGCAGCCGCCGACUCUGCCGCCGAUGCGAUUCUGGUUUCCUUAAACACCUCAGAAAGGGAGUGACGAGAGCGGGUCAUGGCUGCCGGAAACCACGUUCGAGAGAAAGAGCGGAGUAGCAGUAAUUGGUACAGCGGGGUGGAUUUACAAUGGCGGACACCACCACCACCACAAAUGCAGGCCCCAAGCGGGCGGAAGAGAGCAUGGGAAGAGGUCGUCACGCCGGUAGAAGGAGAGAUUGUGCGGCACGAUAGCAGGAUGGACAUGCAGGUACAGCGAAGGAACGUGGCGCCAGGAUUCGGUGUGACACCACCGCUGUCGCCCAACGGCACCCACGUGUCGACGGAGACGGAGGAUAAUGUCGAGGAGAUUCCGCGGAAUAAGAUGCAAACGGGAUGUAUACCUUGUCUUAUCAAGGGCGUCAGGUGUGAUCCGAAGAAUCCGGAGUGUAGACUCGCGAUUUCCGAUGACUGGGCGCUGAAUGAUGGCGGGCGAGAUGGAGGGGAUGAAGACGGUGUGUUUGGAUCGAGUCUCAGCACCUUCCGACCUGAUACGACAUGGCGACGGAGCUGGAGAGAGCGACAUUCUCUAAACUUCUUCGUCAACUUCAGCGCUCCCCAAAUGGCUGGUUUCUUCGAUUCUGCUUUCUGGCAGCGAAUGGUCAUCCAGACGUCUUACCACGAACCUGCCAUUCGACACGCUAUAACUGCGAUUGGAGCUCUGCACGAAUGCAUCAUGCAGCGUGCUUUCGCCGAUGAGAAGCAAAGGUCAAAGGCGAUGCAAUUCGCGUUGAGUCAAUGCAACAAAGCUAUCGCCUGCUUGACCAACGACGCGGCGGGCGGCUACGAUCCCAAUCGAAGACGAAUACCAAGCUCACGGCUAGCAUUGACCACAUGUGUGCUGUUCACCUGCUUUGAAGCCAUGCAAGGACGAUGCGACAGCGCCGUGAACCACGCUCUGCAAGGCCGACGACUGCUUCAAGCCACCGGCCGAGCAGCAAUAACCAGCAUGUCACCCCAAGGCGACGACGACAUUGAACAAAUGCGACCUCUAGUGGAGCGCCUCGAAGUCCAAGCCACGGCCCUCCUCGACAAAGGUCGCCGUCCCGAAAUCGACACGUCCGGCCAAACUCCACCUCUCCCACCCAUCGACUUCAUCUUCAGCCUCGAACACGCCCACAACACCCUCCACACCGCCCUCAACAGCGUCAUGCGCUUCAUGCAGGGCUUUCACCCCACAGCUCCGAAACAACAGAUCGCCGCGACCAUGGCGGAGAAGUACCUCCGCUACUCGCCCUGGUUUCAGCAGUGGGAAUCUGCUUUCACCUCCUUCCUCUCCGACCAGCGCGACUACAUGUCCAACAUGGACCUCAAACGCGCCAUGGUGCUCAAAGCGAACCAUCUCGUCGGCACGAUGCUCGCGGCUGUCGAUCAGUCCGCCGGCCCGGUGGCGUAUGAUGCCUACGAGUCGGAGUUCCGUGCGAUCGUGGACCUGGCGAGGGAAGUGCUCGCUUCGUUCUCAUGUCCGCCUUUGCCGACUUUGUCUGCUGCCGAAUUCGAGCCAGUAUAUGCGAAGGUCUCAAGCGGAGUCAGCGAAAGGCUGAGCGAUCAAGAGUACGACUCCAAGUACAGCACCUUGAGCUAG